AAAAACAUGCCCUCGGAUAAACUAAGGGAGGAUAAUUCUCUGAUUUAUUUGUAGCUGGUGCCAUGACAUGAACCCUCCCAAUGGAUUUUGCCAGAAUACAAUGCAGCCCUUUACUGCAAGCAAUGAGGGUAAGAUGUCACAAAACCCACAACCGAAGGGAAAUAGUCGCACUGCCAGAAAAGAAGCAGGUGACAGCGGGACUCUUCUUUCAGAGGACCUGCAAGAGGUUGAAUCCUCCUUUCUCAAUGAUGAUACUCUAAGAUUCCCACCAGAAGGACUUCAAUCCAGUAUGAAGUUUAAUAAAUCAUUUACUCCAAAGCCUCCCCAGAAACCAAGGCUUGAGCGAACCUCCUCUCUUGAUGAACUGAUCUGGCGGAGGAGGCGACUCUUCAGAAUGAGCCAGGAGAGCCUGACAGAUUCUGCUGAGGUGGGCUCCUCUACCAGGUCCCUGCAGGGGAGUCCUGGAUGGCUCAGACUUGCCUCCUGCACCAACCAUAACCACAACCAGGAGUCUCCGCACAGCUUGUGCAAAGCCUCUGAAACUUCCAGUGUUGGGCAAGGCAAGGUCCGUCUUUCCAACUCAUGUGAGAAGAUGUCUCUAUGUAACAAUCCUCAGCUGCCCAAAGUAACACCCAUCCAUUCUCCCCCCUCUCUGGAACUUGAUGGCUCCUUCCGUGCUGUGAGGACAGCUAAUAGGAUUGACCCGGAUUGUGCAGAUUACAGGCCGUGUUCCCACAGUUUGUGCACAAGGAUAGGCAGCAGCUGGAGGGACACCAAGCUGCACAGCAGAGGGAUGGUCUGUGAUAACUGCUCCACGGCCUCCAUGAAGUCUACCUUCAGCCUUUUGACACCCCUCCGUGUCAGAGAUGUGCGGAGCAGAAGUUACUUGGAAGGCAGCCUGCUAGCCAGUGGUGCUUUGCUAGGAGCAGAAGAGCUGAACCGGUAUUUUCCUGAUCGGAGUGUCAGGAUCUUUGUGGCCACCUGGAACAUGCAGGGCCAAAAGGAGCUACCUGAGCUGCUGGAUGAUUUGCUGCUGCCAUCAGACCCUGACUAUGCCCAGGAUAUGUAUGUGAUAGGAAUCCAAGAAGGCUGUCCGGAUAGGCGAGAAUGGGAGAUCCGCCUUCAGGAGACACUUGGCCCCCACUAUGUCAUGCUGUAUGCAGCUGCCCAUGGAGUGCUGUACAUGUCAGUCUUCUUGCGCAGGGAUCUCAUCUGGUUCUGUUCAGAAGUGGAGUAUGCCACAGUGACCACUCGCAUCGUGUCCCAGAUCAAAACCAAGGGUGCCCUGGGAGUCUGCUUUACUUUCUUUGGCACAUCCUUCCUUUUCAUCACAUCCCAUUUCACAUCUGGAGAUGGCAAAGUGUACGAGAGGGUGCUGGACUACAACAAGACCAUCCAGGCUCUUGCGUUGCCCAGAAACAUUCCAGAUACCAACCCAUAUCGCUCCAGUCUAUCAGAUGUCACAACACGCUUUGAUGAUGUCUUCUGGUUUGGAGACUUCAAUUUCCGCCUGAACGAGGAUCGGGAGGUGGUGGAGCAGAUCCUCAGCCAUGGUUUGGAAACAGACAUGUCAAAGUUGCUGCAGCGUGACCAGCUACUGAAGGAAAUGGAUAAUGGGUCUAUUUUCAAGGGGUUCCAAGAGGCUCCCAUCCAUUUCCGUCCUUCCUACAAAUUUGAUGUUGGCCAGGACACCUAUGACACUACCUCCAAGCAGAGGACCCCUUCAUACACGGAUCGAGUGAUAUUCCGAUGCCGUAAUAAGGCUGACAUUCAUGCUGUGAGAUAUUCUUCCUGUCUUGGGAUGAAAACAUCAGACCACCGGCCUGUUUAUGGAUUAUUUCGUGUCAAAGUGAGACCGGGAAGGGACAAGUUAGUACCACAUUUGAAGCAUCCCCCUCGCUGCAGGUCAGUUUGAUCGAGAGCUGUAUUUGAUUGGGAUCAGGAGACGGAUCACAAGGGAACUUCAGAAAAAGCGGGCUGUAAAGGACCAGAAAGGCAGCACUGUCUGUUCUGUUUCCUGACUUGAAAAAGCCACUGCAAGAGGAUAUCCAAGGCAGCUGCCGGCCAAUUCUGCAGUGAAGCUCUGGAGCUGAGCUCUGGCACCUUGUUCUGGGUUUGUGCAGUUAGGUCUUCAAGCUCAUCUUGGUGCUGUGCUGCAGCGGUUGGAGGAAAUGAGUGAAUAUCUUGGCUCAAAUGCACCUGCCUGUUUGAUUAGGUUUGAUGUUCUAGCAAGUCUAUCGGGGGACAUGUAGUUGUGUCCCAUAUCUCUGCUUUGCACAACUGUUGCCUGAAGUGAGGGACCUGACCAUCACACUUUGUGUUCAGAAUCAAACUUUCAGCAGGAGCAUCUUGGAAACGGUAGCAAGUUCUGUGCUGUCACACAGCAGAACAAGCAGGGGAAAAGUGAAAUAUAUCCAAAGAACACUUUUAUAAAAAAAAGCGUUUGGAGUUGAAGCCCUGGUGCGGAAGACCAAAGAGAAGUGAGCUGCUGCUCUCCAACCCUCUCCAGACUCCCACGGGUCCCUCAAGUGCCAUCCUUAAUCCUGGACAAGGACCAGCCAAGGGCCAAGUUGCAGAUUCUCUUUGAAAGAGGCACAAGGCAAGCCUGUCUAAUAUGGAAACUGCCCUUUUCCGGCUGGCUUGUGCCACUGAAGUGUUGCUUCAAAGCAGGCAUUCAAGGCGUUACCUCUUCCCUGUGUUCAAAUGCUUGUUGGUCUGGAUCAUGUUUACAUCCAGAAUUCCUUUUAAUAAAUACAAGUCAAAUCUUAA